AUGGCAGAUGUCGCGAAGCAGCAUGAUCUACUUCGUUUUGUAAAACUUGAGCACGAAAUCACACAGGCUGAAUGGCUCCGAUGGCGCUGGCCUGAUACACCACUGGUCUUCAUGACUUCAAAGGAGGUGCAUACUGCUCAAUGGGAUCGCGACUACAAUCUACAUGGCAAACGCGUGCUUCACAUUGGCAUCGGGAGUUCAGGCGUACAAGUCAUUCCCUCUGUAUUAUCUAAAGUAAAGGAGUUACAUGUUGUAGCACGCCCACUGGUGUGGAUAACAGACGGUUUUGCUCAGAAUUGGUCUGUGAUCAAUGAGGGAAACUUCACAUAUACCCAUGCCGUGAAGGAGCGCUUGCGCAACGACCAAAAGCAUUGCCUGGCAUAUUGCAAGGCAAUAGUGUCUAAGUUGAAUUUCUCUAUCAAAGAGAUGUCACGUAAGCUAGGCUAUAAUACUCGCCUGAUAGAAAACCUUAUCCCGAAGGCAUUUAGCGUUGGUUGUCGGAGGCCGACCCCAGGUAAUGGUUUCUUGAAGGCUUUUACAGAUGAGAAAACAGUUGUUCACUUUGGUGAAAUCCCUGAGAUCACUGCCAAUGGCUUCAAAGACCCCAAAGGCCAAGAACAUGAGGUAGACACGAUCAUCUGCGCCACAGGGUUCGACACCCCAUUUAUGCCGCCUUUUCGAGUUCUCUAUAACGGCAAAAACCUCCAGGACAACUUUCGUGGCGACAUCAAGGGCUACCUAGGUCUUACAUACCUUCCCAAUUACUUUGUCUUUCCUGGUGGAUAUGGACCUUUGGUUCAUGGUUCUGUUCUACCGAAGGUCGAGCACUAUACGGACUACGUGCUUCAGAUACUUGAGAAAGCACGAACAGAUAACGUGAAACGUUUGUCUAUCAAGAGAUCAGUUUCCGACUUCACCCGCUAUGCAGAUGAGUAUCUGAAACGGACAACUUGGUCGGGUCCUUGUAGCUCAUGGCUCCGCAAUGGCAAGACCUCGAAUAAACCAGUACUUUGGCCCGGGUCUCGAAUUCACCAACUCACAGUUCUUCAACGUCCAAGAUUCGAACAUUUCGACUUUGUUUAUCUAGAUGGAAACUUAUGCUCGUUCUUAGGAGAUGGAUUUGAUAUACGAGAGGUAGACGGCCGAGACCUGACAUGGUACAUGGGCUUGCUGGAUGGCGAGGAUACUCAGCCAGGUCCAUUCGAAACGAACAUGGAGGAUGGUGGCGGCAAGCUUACGGGCGUCAAAAACAUAGUAUGCUAG